AUCUUCAAGGAAAAUUAGUGAAGUCAAUCGAAACCAAGUCAGGGAAUAAGCCAAAGGACAUUGCAAUAACAAAGAAAGGCUAUCUAGCAUAUACUGAUUACAUUAAUCAAACUCUGAACAUAGUGAAGGAAAAACAGAUACAGGAGAUAAAAUUAAGAAAAUGGAGACCUCAUGGUGUCUAUACUACCUCCUCUGGUGACUCCUGGUAAUCAUGGACAGUGAUAAUAACAGAGAAUCAAAAGUCGUGCGUUACUGUAGCUCAAAAGGAAAGGAGAAACAAAAUGUCCAGUUUGAUACUAACGGUCUCCCUCUGUAUUCACCUGGUGGCAUAAAAUACAUUAAUGAAAAUAGGAACGAAGAUAUCUGUGUUUCUAUCUGUUGGGCCAGUGCAGUAUUGGUGGUCAGCCGAGUCGGGAAAUUUCGCUUUUCAUACAAUGGACCAUUCACUACUGCCACCAGAUCAUUUAAUCCUUACGGCAUCACUACAGACAGCCAGGGUCGGAUCCUGACGACCGACUGUGACAAUCAUAGUAUCCAUAUUCUUGAUCAGGACGGACAGUUCUUUCGCUACAUUGACAACUGCGGUUUAUGUUUUCCAUACGGUUUAUGUGUGGACACAAAAGACAACCUUUUUGUGGCUGAGUGGAAAUCGGGAGUGGUUAAAAAGAUCCAGAACUAUAUGUUUCCACCCUGCUGAUUACCAUCAAACAAUCAAACUUAUGGCACAGAAAACAUUUACAAUGUAUCAAACGUUCCUCACACUAUAUGUAUAGACUAUGCUACUUAUACCAACAUGUGUAACACAUUAUUUAAAUAAGAUUUGAGAAUAUAACUCAAGGUG